AUGGACAUCUGUGCCUCUACCAAGGUACCAAUGGGCUUUGGACACAAGAUCUUUGCCGACCCCUCCGGUGCUCCUGUUGAUGAAAAGAAGUACCGUGGAAUGAUUGGAUCUCUACUUUAUCUCACAUCAAGUUGUCCAGAUAUAAUGUACCAAGAGUCUCGGAAUCUGUAUCCAGCAAAUGAGAGCUUCCUACUCCAAGCCUAUUCAAAUUCGAACUAUGGUGGUCUUCAGCUUGAUAGAAAAAGCACUUCGGGUGGCUAUCAAUUCUUAGGUGGUCUUUUGGUCAGUUGGUCAUCCAAGAAACAGAACUACAUUGCACACUCUACAGCCAAAGCGGAAUACAUUGCUACUACCAGUUGUACAUCUCAAGUUCUGUGUAUGAAAUCUCAACUCCUAGAUUAG